CUGGUAAAAACUCGACAGUUACCUUUUCUUCCGUAGUGUAUCAAUCGGUGGCUGCAUUCAAUUGUAAUAUGGAUUCAAUAUAUGAACAGGGCAACAUGCAGAGUGUGUGCCAGGCUGAUGGUACCUGGUCCGGUUCACCUCUGGAGUGCACCGUCACACGUUGUCCAUCCUUAUCUGCUCCCGCCAACGGCAGUGUCGUGGUGAGCCACAGCAACUUCACAAUAGGCACCGUGGUGACGCACUCGUGUGUUCGAGGCUAUACGCUGGUCGGGGCUACGGCCACUGUGUGUGAAGAGGGAGGCUUCUGGAGUGAUGCACCAGCAACAUGCACGAUUGUGCGCUGUCCGAUAAGUGCUACUCCGCGCCACGCUCAGCGUGUGCCCGCAUUCAACGACACGUCCACCGUCACUUACGGCACGCUGAUUCACUACAGCUGCAAUGCCGGCCAUACCCUGGUUGGCGCAGCCAUGCUGGAGUGUCUGGAGGACGGCUACUUGGAUUUCCGCAGUCCGUACUGUGUUGUAUCAGCGUGUCCAGUGCCUGACAGCGUGGCUAACUCCGUACGUCAUGGUGAUAUCUACAAGUUCAACCACACUGUAGCCUAUCAAUGUAAUACAGGCUUCUAUCUGCUGGGCACGGCCAAGCUGACGUGUACACGCCAUGGGAACUGGUCGGCUCAGCUGCCCUUCUGCCGGACAUAUGAAUGUGAUACAAGUUUUCCACCACCUGCGGAAGGCACAACCAUCACCAGCCAAGGCCCGUUCUCGACUAACAUCACGCUACACGAAGGUGACACGAUCAUUACGCAGUGCAACGCCGGCUAUGACAGCACGCUGCCUCUCAGCGCACUGUGCCGCGGUGGCAACUGGACGCCUGUGUUUGCGCCGAACUGCACGCGGCUCAUCUGCCCGGCACCGAUUUCGUCCGGCAACAAUUCCGUGCGAGUGUUUGCCGGCACGCCACAGGAGGAUGUGCAUGUGUUCCAUUGCCAGCGCGGCUACUCCUGGCUUUGGCCCUUCCCUACGUACACGCUGACCUGCGGGCAUGACUUGCAAUGGUCCGGUACGGUUCCCAACUGCACGCUCGUCGCAUGCCCUCCGCUGCCGGUCAGUCCGUCAGUCACAUGGAGCAGCCCCAGCGGCGUGUUCCAGGAUGCGGUCACUGGGCAGUGCAAGCUGGGCUUUGAGCUGGUACGUGGUAACCUGACGCAGGUCUGCCAGGCCGGCGGCCAGUGGUCGGGCGACAUGCCCGUGUGCGAAGCCGUGCAGUGUCCGGCGUUCCAGCUGCCGCCCAACGUCGUCCUCUCCUACUUUGAGGGCAACUCGUACAGUAAUAGUCUGUGGUUUACCUGCACCGUGGGUUACAAGCUAACGCCGCCUACCGUAAUCACAUGCACUGCGAACAGCACAUGGUCAAAUCCAAUACCCAACUGCCAUCGUAUCAACUGCCCGCCAGUACCACAGCUGACCUACCCGAGCGGUAUCAUAUCAUCAUCACAGAGUAGCAGCAGCAGCAGCAGUUCCGUAUCAUCACGUAUGGACUUCAGCACCGUUGUACACUACAUGUGUAUGCCUGGCUACUCUCUGGACGGUGCGUGGAACACCACCUGCUCGGAGCACAGCAACUGGACCAAUCCGGCACCCACCUGCCGACCCAUCUCGUGUAACGUCUCCGACCUGGGCGGGGUUCAGAACGGCUACCACAGUGUCCUGUCAUUCGCGCCGGCCUUCUUUGGCCAGGCUGUCACGUGGCGCUGUCAAGCCGGCUUCCGUCUCAUCGGUUCGGCAACGCAGACCUGUACGCAGGACACCAACUUGCCGGGACGCUGGAGUGGAAUGAAACCCGUGUGUGAUAGUGAGUAA